AUGUACCAGUUGCUCGGCCAGAAGCCAGAGCUGAUUCGAUGUAUCCUACCUGAGUGGCGGAUUCACGGUUCGAGCCUAUUUGAGCCGAAAUCUUUCGAGAGCUUGUGGGAAAUCUUUCAAACGAUGAUAAAUGAAACCAAUACGACCGUCUACUGUGUACUAGAUGGGAUCGAUGAACUGGAGUCAGAGUCUUUGAAGUGUCUGCUUUCGAAACUGGAGCGGCUUGAGGACACCGCGCCUCCAAAGCUAAAGCUAAUGGUUUUCAGCAGAGACUUUCCGCCGCGCAUCAAUGCCUCCUUGUCGGCUUAUCCCAAGAUCCAGCUAUAUUCGGAGUCCGGCAUGGAUUUGAAUUUCAGCAAACAAAUUGAGAACGAUGUUAAAACAUUGAUCAGGACUGAAGUUGACAAGUUGUCUCGAAUCAAGCACUACCCGGAGCAAUUGAAAACACAUGUCUUUAAAACUUUACAACGCCGCGCACAGGACACAUUCCUCUGGGUAGGCCUUGCUGUCGGCUUCCUGCGCGAGGUAGACCUUUCCGCCACUGAAGCAGCCCUCAAUGAUCUACUGCCCGGACUUGACGCCCUCUACCGUCGUAUACUGUUCUCAAUUAGCAAGGAGAACUUAGCUCUUAUUGGAACCAUGCUCAUUCGGGUCGCAUUUGCCCGAACACCUCUGUCGCUUGCUCAGCUGGCUUUUGCUCUCGAGCUGGGCCCAACCCCGAAUUUGGAGCUGGAGGUGGUGACAGAAGCCAAGGUUAAGUUGUCCCAAGGCCUCCUUUUGAUCAACAAGGGCUUUGUUGCGCUCGUGCAUCUCUCCCUGAAAGACUACCUCUUGCGGAAUGAUCUUGGGUCCGAAGACGGCUUGAGGCCAUUCCGAAUCGAUGCAGAUGAAGGAAACUGCAACAUUACCAAAAGGUGUAUUGAAGUCAUGAACGGGGAUAAUUUUGACGACGAAUUAUUUAUCGAAAUCGGAGACCGAGGUGUCCCUACCACAGAUGACACAGAUGACGAAGGUAACAUUUAUGAGUCGGUUCCUCAUGAAUCCGAAGGAGAAGAUAUCCCUGCCACAGACAACGAAAAUGACAUAUACGAGCCAGUUCCUGAUAAGCCUGCCAAAUACCUUUUUGAAAGAGUUAUUAAAAGGCGAUUUACUGGAACCCGCCGUGGUGCAGACUUCGUCGCAGCAACAGCUCUUGGUCUCUCCAGUCUGGCCAAGGAGCUUCUACCAGAGUCACAUUCUGAAGAAGAUCGCAAGAAGAAUUCGGAUUGUCUUACUUUGGGUCUAUGGGCUGCUGUUGAUGCAGGAAACACAGCCACUUUGCAGCUUUUAAUAGAUCUUGGGCAAGACGUCAAUGCCCGAGAUUGCUAUCAGAACACACUCUUGCACACAGCUGUCUAUGACGGCCAAAAAGAAAUAGUGGCAGUUUUAGUGGCAAAUCACGCAGAUAUAGAGGCGAAGGAUUCAUAUGGCAGCUGA